UGAUGCGAUUCUCUCAUGUUCCAGCCGCAACCGCUGGAUGCCCCUUAAGACGGUCGUACGUCAGCUCUCUUCCCUGCAUCCUCGAACUGCUCCCAUCUUUUGUCUCAUAAUUAUUCUUCCUAUUCCAAUCAUCCAAUUCAUCAUACAAUCAUUAUCGUCUUUUCAUCAGUGAGAAUGCCCUUAUUUUUCUAGUUCGUUUCUAGACCGUCUUGUCUCUUCUCGACCCCCCUAUUAUUGGCUCGUCUACAGUGCACUACUUCUUCACUGCAGAUCGUAUUGCUUGCCGUCUCGUCGACAUCCUCAUGCGAAAUUCUUCCUCCCAACUUCUUCCUCGAUCCGUGACUCUCCUCAUCUCUGGCUUUGCCGACCUUGUAGCCCUCCACGAUGCGGUGGCGGCUGCCUGGCGCCCGGUCGACUCUCCCCGCCAGCGUCGCCCUCCUCCUGUUCCCUGUUCUUGCAUCUCUGCAGCAGCUGCAUGAAUAUAACCGCCCCUCCGGUGUCUCCCCCCAUCAUGGACAGGCGGCUGACACCGUCCAACUUGCUCCUUCGUUCGUGAACGUGAAGUCCACCGAUGCGAGCGCCCUUGCAACCCUGGCUCUGGCGGGCUCCGGCCGCGCCGUUCGAGCCCCUCCUGCCCAGGUUAGCAGUCCGUCUGCUGGCAUGGCUCCGCAGCUUCAUGCGCGAUCUUUGCAGGAUUGGGAGGUUGAGGACUUUGUCCUGCUGGCGACCGUCGACGGUACCAUUCACGCCCGUGAUCGGAAGACCGGUACGCCGCUGUGGGCCCUGGAGGUCCCCAGCGGCCCCAUGGUCGAGAGCAUCUACCACAGAGCCAACCGAUCGACGUUUGACGACGUCCAGCCUGAGGACGAUUUCCUGUGGAUAGUCGAGCCUAGCCAGGAUGGCAACAUAUAUAUCUACAGUCCGGGACCUAAUGCGGGUUUGCAGAAAUUGGGCUUGACCGUCAAAGAAUUGGUCGACGAGACUCCCUAUUCUGGGACCGACCCCGCCGUAACAUACACCGCCCGGAAGGAGACGACCGUCUAUACAAUUGACACCCGUACGGGGGCGGUACUGCGCGUCUUUAGCUCCCAAGGCCCCUUUACGUCCGGCCAAGGAUGCCGGAAAGUCGAUGCGUUGGAUACGGUCUCAGACGAAUGCGAGUCUACGAGCGGUACACUAGUCCUAGGUCGUGUGGAAUAUGCCGUGGCUAUCCAGAACACUGAGACGGGUUCCCCGAUUUGUACACUGAAAUACUCGGAAUGGACCACGAACACCCGAGACAUGGAUCUCCAGAGCCAGUACUACGAAUCGAUGGAUCAGAGUCACAUCUACAGUAUGCAUGACGGCGUCGUGCUAGGCUUUGAUCAUUCUCGCAUUGAACGUCCACGUUAUACACAGCGGUUCUCUAGCCCCGUCAUUCGUGUUUUUGAUGUAGUUCGCCCGGUUGGUAUCGAGUCUUCUGGUGAACCUAUACCGUUUGUGUUGCUCUCGCAACCUCUACAGCCGCCAGAUCCUAACUAUGGCUACCUGGACGAUAGAGAUUCGCGUGUAUUCAUUGACCGCACCGAGACGGGUGGAUGGUACGCCAUGUCCGAGGAAACGUACCCUUUAGUAACAGGUCGAGCGAAGAUGGCUCAGUGUUAUGAGAAGGAUUACUUCCAUCAUGGCCAACCACUAAUGAGUUUAAUGCCGGAUCAGCUUCGUGACGCCUUGGUCGGAGUGCACCUGCUCAACGGCCCACGGGUACGUCGUAACAUCCCGAGCAUUUCUGGGCCAUCUUCGACGGCAGAACUGCUGAAUGGUACUCCUCGCGAUUUGGCUCGGGGUUCUUCUGAAUUGGCCUUACCGCCAGCCCUGAGGCACAGUACAAUCAUCCGCAAGGGCUGGGACAAUGCAGUUGACAUCUUCGUCACCUUGAUCCUUCUAUUCUUCGGGAUUUUCAUAUAUUUCAACUCCCAUAAUCUGCAGGAGCUGGCGAAGCAAAAGCUCGACUUGAAGAAUAUCAUAGCUUCCUAUGGAGACUCGACGCUACCUGCGCCUUCCACUCCGGUUGUCAACGCACCGGAGCUGAAACAGGACGCUUCUCCCGUCAGACCAGAGAAUGUGACUGUCGAUGUCGACGUGCCGGGUGAACAAGUUCGUGGUGAUGUGACCCCAAGGCCCAAGAGGAACCAGAGCGUCCCGGCACCUGGUAGCACUCCGCGUGUGCGGAUUAGGGAGCCUUCAUGUGGCCCGGACGGUGAUGACGACGUGGACGAAUUAUCGCUGCAGGACCCAGAUAAACCCAAAAAGAAGACCCGGCGUGGUCAUCGCGGUGGGAAAGCCCAUAAGAGAGGGAGAAAGCCGGCUCCAGAGGAUAAUUCGAAGGGACAAGUAGACCAGAAUCACACCGUCGCUAGAAUUGAUAAGCCACAACUUCCAAGGGUCGAAUCUAAUACUGCGGUCAACCGGCUCGCGACAAGUGAGGUGUUCGAAGUGGACGGUGUUCUGCACAUUGGCCGACUGAAAGUGUUCACUGAUGUUGUACUGGGCCAUGGAAGCCAUGGCACUGUGGUAUUCCGUGGGUCGUUUGACGGCCGGGAUGUUGCGGUUAAACGUAUGCUAAUGGAAUUUUACGAUAUUGCGUCCCACGAAGUCACCUUGUUGCAGCAAAGCGACGACCACAAGAAUGUUAUCCGGUACUUUGCCCGAGAGCAUGCGGCUGGGUUUCUGUACAUUGCUCUCGAGCUAUGUCCGGCGUCCUUACAGGAUGUCGUGGAACAAGCUCACAAUUAUCCAGAGCUGGUAAAGGGUGGAAUGGACAUGCCUGAUGUUCUGCGCCAGAUCACUGCUGGCGUUCGUUACCUGCAUUCGCUGAAGAUCGUUCAUCGCGAUUUGAAACCACAGAAUAUCCUCGUAGCUAUGCCCCGGGGACGGUCCGGGUCACCUGCUAUCCGCCUGCUUAUCUCGGAUUUUGGCUUAUGCAAGAGACUUGAAGACAACCAGAGUUCCUUCCGUGCCACAACAGCCCAUGCUGCAGGUACAUCUGGUUGGCGCGCACCCGAGCUGCUGGUAGACGAGGAUAAAGGACUGGCACCACCAACGUUGGUAGGUUCUCAACAUACAGAGUCGUCAGAACCGGCCGUCGUCGACCCUCAAACGAAUCGGCGAGCUACUCGGGCCAUCGACAUAUUUUCCUUGGGGUGUGUUUUCUUCUAUGUUCUCACCAGGGGUUGCCAUCCAUUUGACAAGAAUGGCAAGUACAUGAGAGAGGCCAACAUUGUCAAGGGGAAUUUCAAUCUUGAUGAGCUACAACGUCUGGGAGAUUACGCUUUUGAAGCGGAUGACUUGAUCCGGUCGAUGCUGUCGCUUGAUCCACGCAAAAGACCAGACGCAACCGCCGUCUUAAUGCACCCUUUCUUCUGGAAUACGGCCGACCGUCUUAGUUUCCUCUGUGAUGUUUCAGAUCACUUCGAGUUUGAGCCUCGUGACCCCCCCUCAGAAGCUCUUUUAUGCCUUGAGUCUGUGGCUCCGCGUGUGAUGGGUCCUGAGAUGGAUUUCCUGAAGUUGCUACCGAAGGAUUUUAAGGAUAAUCUGGGAAAGCAGCGCAAAUAUACAGGGUCGAAGAUGCUGGAUCUUCUUCGGGCAUUGCGCAACAAACGCAAUCAUUACAAUGACAUGCCGGAGCAUCUCAAGACCCAUAUUGGUGGUCUGCCAGAGGGAUACUUGCUGUUUUGGACCGUUCGGUUUCCGAGUCUACUGAUGAGCUGCCAUUGGGUCAUUGUGGAGUUGGGAUUGACAAAGAUUGAUAGGUUUAAGCGGUACUUCUCUCCACCGGAUUAGAGAGUUAUUAUUAGAUUUUAUGUUGGUUUAAUGGUGAUGUUUUAGAAUACUUUUUAUGGAUAUGUGAACGAUCUCAGAUACAGCGUGGUCUUUUAAGAUUUCGUAGCUUAAGCAGUUUCUCGAUUAGGGAUAACAUGAGAUAUAUUU